GCCUUAACUCAUAUUCAAACCCCAUUCUACUCAAUUCCAUUUACCUCAGAAAAAUGUAGCUUCCUACUUUAUUAUAUUGCCUUACCUUCCCUUCCCUUAUUGUAAUCAAUUCAUUUAUUACUCUUUCCAUUGCUCCCAUUCCAUUUACUUACUCCACCCACCAGGGAUCCCCUGAUCUCAUCUGAACAUCUCCCUUGGCCUCUGAAGGAUUUCUCCUCUCUCCCUUGGUUGCCGCCCAGAAAAACCAAAGCCCCAGUCCAGAAGUCCCCACCCCAGCCCGCCCUUUGCGCCACCUUCAGACAAGACUCCCCUUCUGCCCAAAAAGAUGGGAUUUUGGAGUGCAAACAGGCCUGGUGAGUUCUAAUUUUUCUCGUUGUGUUCUCUCUCUUUCUCUCUCUCUCUCUCUCUCUUUAUGCCAUCCUUUCGAUCCAAAACAUGGACUGGGUGUCGCAUGAAAGCAUCGAAUCUGGGGACCUUCUUUCUCCAGUCCCACUUCCAUCGCCACACCUGCAACCUCCACCAUCUUCUCCUUUUGAACAGAGUUAUUCAAAUAACAAGAUCAGCCCAAGCAUCCUUCUUAUAAUUGUCAUCCUAGCAGUCAUCUUCUUCAUCUCUGGGCUGCUCCACCUCCUUAUUAGAUGCCUCAUGAGACGCACCAACAGCGACCCGGAGGACCUGGAUAAUGUCACAGCCCACCAAGGCCAGCUCCAGCAGCUGUUCCACCUCCAUGAUGCUGGGGUGGACCAGUCCUUCAUUGACACCCUCCCAGUGUUCCUCUAUAAGGCCAUUAUCGGCCUUAAGGACCCCUUUGACUGUGCUGUGUGCCUCUGCGAGUUUGAGGCCGAUGACAAGCUCAGGCUGCUCCCAAAGUGCAGCCAUGCCUUCCAUAUGGAGUGCAUCGAUACCUGGCUAUUGUCCCACUCCACUUGUCCUCUUUGUCGAAGGAGCCUCUUCCCUGACCUCUCCCCAAACAACAGCUGCAGUCCUAUAGUCCUUGUUCUCGAAUCCGGCAGUGAGAGCUCGAGGGAGAUGGCUCCCGAUAUAGGGGAGACUGGGAGUCAUGCCCAUCUUGGUUUCCUCGGAGAAGAUAACUUCGGGCCUUCUUUAAAUGAUGCAUCGCAUAAGCCAGGGGAAGUUGGAGCCAAGGAAGAGGCGGCUGGAUCUGUUUUGGAGAAUUCAGAGGCCAAGGUGGUUCCGGUGAAGCUCGGGAAGUUUCGGAAUGUGGAUAUUAAUGGUGGUGAGGGUGAAGGUAGUGGUAGUAGCAGUGGCAAUAGUAAUUUGGAUCAAAGGAGGUGUUUUUCCAUGGGUUCCUAUGAGUAUGUGAUGGAUGAGAGCUCUGUACUCCAAGUGGCCAUCAAGCCACCCAAGAAGAGGCUCACAGUCAAGAAGCCGGGGCACCGGCUCGCAAGGUCGGAAUGUGAUUUCCAUUCCAGGAGGGAGGAAUUCAAAGGAUUAGAACCAUCUAGUAGUGUGGGAUCUAGAGGUCAUGGUGGAAAUACUAAUACCAGUGCCAAUCUGAACAAGAAAGAGAGCUUCUCUGUUUCAAAGAUAUGGCUGCGAUCGAAGAAAGAUCGGCCGGUCACCGGAGAUUGCUCAAGGCGGGCUCUUUCACUCCGAUUGCCAUUGCAUCGGGGUGCAAGUGAUGAAUCUAAGCACAAGAGCGGCAACAGCCCUGUUACAGUGUCGGAAUUCAAUGUUUCAGGUUGGGAGAAGAGUGGGAGUGAAUUGGAUUUUGAUGUGGAGUGGGGAAGCUGCAACAAUAGUAUAAGGUCUCGGGCAGAUGAAGCACCUUCAUUCGCGAGGAGGACGCUGCUUUGGAUAGUGGGGAGGCAGAACAAGGUGGGAAACCAUCUCUGAAAUAGAUCAAAUCUCAAGUGCUUCUUUUGUUUAAAUUACCUCUUCUUUAGAUUCUUAAAUUUCGAAAGAAAAGAUGUAAUAGAUGCGGAUAGACAGAAGGCAAAAAAUUAUUUGAAAACAUCACUCUCUGAAAUUUUGAAUUUUUUUUCCUCUGUUG